AUGUCACAGACACAGAAACCACAGCGCGGUGCCUGGUCCGAACCAGAAGAUGAACCAGAACCUGAACCAGAACCUGAGCCAUUGGUGCUAGAAAUUUCAGAACGCCCUCAGCCACGACCGGAACCUGUUCAACAGGUCAGAAGGAUCUUUGAAGAUAUCAGGACAGAAGAGGAACACAAGAAGUUCACCGAGGAACAUGAUAUAAGAGUGAGACAGGUUGUGGAAGAGCCGGAACCUGUUGCAUAUGCACCUAUCCAGGUAGCCCCAGCACCCCAACCAAGACCACCCUCACCAGCUGAACAACACCAAGCCCCACGUCAGAAAGUUCAUCAGCUACCGCAGGCAGGAUUCAUUCAAGUCACAGGACACAGAAACCACAGCGCGGUGCCUGGUCCGAACCAGAAGAUGAACCAGAACCUGAACCAGAACCUGAGCCAUUGGUAUUGGAGAUCGCUGAGAGGCCUCAGCCUAGACCAGAACCAGUUCAACAGAUCAGAAGGAUCUUUGAAGAUAUCAGGACAGAAGAGGACACAAGAAGUUCACUGA